AUGGGCGACGUCGACACUUUAUUUCGACGAGUUUUAGUUGUUUUAACUUUUUUAGUGAUUGCAAACGGUGAAAGGCAUUCGAUUAAGAUAGUAGAAGAACCAUCCAGCUAUGGUUUAAUGAACAGCUACCAAGGCGGGGCAGUGGCGGAGACCAAUGUAAAUAAACUCAAGAUGAGAGUUACACCUUCAAACUUCUCUGGACCUCCACUCUUUUCUAGGCUGAAUGGGAAAUGUUUCUCUAAGACAUUUGAUGACUACAAGUAUGAGUUUUGUCCAUUCUGGAACGUUACUCAGCACGAGCAGUCUCUCAGGUGGAACCCUUAUAGCGGAAUACUUGGAGUGUGGCAGGAGUGGGAGAUAGAAAACAACACAUUUGUUGCCAUGGUGAUGAGGGAGGGGGACAAGUGUGGGAACAAACACCGCACAACCAAGGUUUAUUUCAAAUGCGGAAAAGAGAAUGUCAUCACAAACGUAUCAGAGCCGAGCACGUGUAACUACCGUGUGGACUUCACAACUCCAUAUACCUGCCAUCAUCAAGCCCUGCUGGUUUACCCAACCCUCAACUCCUCCCUCAAGACGGAGUGGGGCCUUCUUGAAGGCCAGCUGGCUGCUGGACACAUCACAAAGAAGGGCUAUAAGAAGUAUUUGUCUCGGGUAUUCGUCAAGGCCGGCUACAUGUUGUCCACGGAAACAAAGAACCUUGUCUCGGCAAAGGCUGUUGCCUUGGAAAAAAAGGAGGAGGCGAAUAAAGAUGGACAGUUUGACAAUCUCUAUACAUGUACAGAGGAAUUCCGAAAGCUUAAAAAGGAGGUAGAGGAUCUUAAAGAGCAGUUGGAAAACAAAAAUAUUGAGGCAAACCACCACCCUGGGGUCAUGGAUGACAUGUAUAACCACAUGGUGGACGACUGAUACGCCCCAAGGAGGACACCUGACAGGACCACAGGAGACAACUGAUACGCCCGCUCAGAGAGUUGCGUUGCUUCUUGUGGACAUCUGCUGUAACAUGUGGGCAUGUGUUGUAAAAGAGUGACUAGAGCAAACGAGCAAACUAGCUGUGAUAUUGUGCUCAAAGCAUUCCAAGACUUUGUUUCACUUACUACGGCCUCCUCUAAUUUAGAGGCUUUUUUAUCUGUUCUUCAAGUGCAAUAAUUUACGUGUGGGUUUACAGAACAGUGAAAUAGUUUUACUGUGUUAUUGCUUUCUUUUUUUGUUAACUCUUAACCAGUGAUGAAGUAUUUAUCCAUGAAUAUGUAUAGAAGAGGGUUGAUUUUCAGUGAUUUUAAUUAACAUUCAAUGUUUGAAAUGUUCAAUGAUUUUCACCUGUAUGGAUUUUAAUGUAUGAGGGAUCAUUCCGUUCAAUUGCACACAUUGGGAUAUUGUUACUGUUUUGUCAAUGUGUCUGUGAGUUUCUUAAACUGAGCUGACAUGCAUAUCACAGGUUCAACCCCUUUCAGAAGGUUGUAUGACCAUUAAUACAGUUUGUGUAGGUUCAUGGACCAGUUUUAGGGUUUCCUAUGUACGCAGGGAUGCCAAUUUUCCUCUUUUCAGUUGAUUUCCUCUUUUUGGUCACAAAACUUGUUUUUAUCUUAUCUAUACAAAUAUUGGAUUUUUAGCUUGACUAUUCGAAGAAUAAGGAGAGCUAUACUACUCACCCAAGCGUCGGCGUCACACCUUGGUUAAGGUUUUGCGUGUAACCACAUUUAAGUCAAUAUAUCAGCAAAUACAUCAUGUAUUGCAUUGAAACUUUAGAUAUGUAUUCCCAACUAUCUAACCUACUAAAUUAAUGAAGUGCUACGGAAUUAAUGAAGUGGGAUAACACUUUUUGAAAAUAAUGCAAAUUAUGGGCCUAUUAUUUGACUUAAAAAUUCUGGUUAAGGUUUUGCAUGUAAGCACACAUAGGUUAAUAUCUCAGCAACUACUUGAUGUAUUGCAUUAAGAUUUAAUACAAUGGUACUCAACCACCCAACCUUCCUGAUUAACCAAGUUAGAUCACUCUUGUUUGCAUUUAAUGCAAAUAAUGACCCUUCAUUAUUCGACUUAGAAAAUGUGGUUACGGUUUUCCAUGUAAGCACACAUAGGUUAAUAUCUCAGCAACUACUUGAUGUAUUGCAUUGAGACUUUAUACAAUGGUACUCAACCAUCCAAUCCACUUAACUAACCAAGUAAGAUAACUCUAGUUUGCAUUAAAUUCAAAUUAUGGCUCUUUUUUUUCGACAUAGAAAUUCAAAUACAUCAUGUAUUGCAUUGAAACUUUAUUCACAGGCUUCCUACCAUAGAAAUUCUGGUUAAGGUUUUGCAUGUUAGCACACAUAGGUUAAUAUCUCGGCAACUACUUAAUGUAUUGCAUUGAGACUUUAUACAAUGGUUUUCAACCACCCAACCUACUUGAAUAACCAAGUUUGAUAACUGUAUUUUGCAAGAAAUAAUGGCUCUUUGUUAUUGGACUUUUACUGAAAUUCUGGUUAAGGUUUUGCGUGUCACCACAUUCAUGUUAAUAUCUUAGCAAAUACAUCAUGUAUUGCAUUAAUUCUGAUCUGAUUUUACAGUGAUCCAUGUUUCGCCAAAACUUCAAUUCUUACACCGAAAAGUGGCUGUAAAAAGCGGUUGUAAAAAGUGUGAUGGGGAGACUUUCCUCUUUCUUUAAGAAUUUGCAUUGGCAUUCCUGGUACAUUUGUGAGUUGUGUUAUGGUUAGUUCAGUCAACAUUUCAUAUCAAGUCAUGUAUUUUGUUCAUUUAUACCAGACUUUGACACCAGACUGCUUUAGAUUUCCCUUCUUUAAGGCCCCAAGUUUGCCUUUCUUUAAUGUCCGUCCGUAUGCCUGGCGUAAUUUCAUGUCUACUCCUUAUCCAAAUAUUUUGAGGUCACUCGACAUAUUCCAGCCACAUACAUUCAAAGUCACAUUUAAAGGGUCAAAGGUCAGGCUCAUUUUCCUUGUCCAUUCUCAAUUGAUGAAUGCAUUUCAAAAUAUCAAAAGUUAAUAUCUUUGAGUGAACUUCAAAGCAUGUAUACAAGCCAUGUUUAGUCACACUUAGGGGUCAAAGUUCAGGUUGCAUUUUACAUCCAUAUUCAACCAAUGAAAUGAUUUUGAAAAUAUUUGUUGGAACAAGCAGGCUCUGCACCAUGUUACUAAAAGGUCAAGCCCACUUUUAAGGUUCACAUGAAUUGUUAUCAUUGAUGAAGUCACCUUCACAAAGCACAAACAUUUCUAAUCAAAUAUUUACCACAUGCACCAAUUGUAUUAAAUUUUAAUGCAAAGGAAGUAGGAACAAAAAAUGAAUGUGGCAAUACCUGAGAAUCUUAUUCAGUACAUAAUUAUGACCCCUUUGUUGGUCCUUCCUGGGACUAAAGUACAUCAAACUUGGUAGGGAGGUUGCACAUAACCCCUGUUGGAUUUAAGGGGUGUUGGUCUAAGGUCAUGAUUGUGUCAACCCCCAACACAAAAAAGCAAGUCCUUCGAUGUUCUCUGGUCAGCUUUCCUCAAACUUUGUCACAACCUUUGAUUACCCCACAGACAUUUAAUUAAGAAUUCAUUAUAUUCGUGCUAGCGCUUCUUGGUCAUAUGCUGUACUGCACAAUAUUGAAAUUAGCAAUGACAUGAGAAUUCCUUGCGUAUAAAACAGGGGUUAGUUCGUCGGCAGCUACUCUAAGUCUUUUCUUCGGUGGAGCUCUGGGGGUUGAGGGUUCUGCCGGUAGGGGUGACGAGUGUCUGUUGGCUGUCAGUCUAUUAAAUUCCUCUUCAAUGGCGAUUCUGAGGGACUCUGGUGUUUCCGGACUGUCAUGGUUAAAGAGUUCCGCAGAGUUUGUCUGGGUUUCGACGGUCGUUUUCUGGGGGGUCCUUGGAGGGGUCAGUGUCUGGGUAGAUGCAUCUCUGGAUGUUUGGAAUUCGAUGGUGUAGUUAGGCAGUGGGGAGUCGGGCUUCAUGUUUUUUAUUUCGUUGUCCCCGUUUUCAGAGAACUGACCGUUCAUUUCUUCGUCCUCUGAAAUUAAUAAUAUUGAUUCCUCGUCUGUUGAUAUGUUGGGUAGUAUGGGGGUUUUACAUUUUUCUGCGACGUACACGAUUUCGAAGUCUUUUCGCCACAUUAUCUGUUCAUUCAGUUCAAUUUUGUUGUUUUCUGCCGCGUAAUUUAUCAUGCGAAAUACCAUCCGAAAGUAUUCCGGGUUUGCUUUUUUCUCCAUUGGUUUCUGUUUGAGUACUUCUGAUUGUUGUAGGUUGUGGAAGGCAAACAUCCGGUUUUGAAAAGCACUUUUCUCGUUUGUUAUAUACUUCCAUAUUGGAGUGUUCGUGGUCAGUAUUACUGGCUUUCGUACUAAUAGUUCGCCUUUUUUUUCCCUUUACGUUCACGUACAGUUGUUCGCCCGCGAACACCUGCUUGUAAAUUUCUGCUUGUUCCUGUGUCGUUAUAGUGAGUUCGGAUAUUUGAAUUAGUUCUUUGUCAACACAUUCUUGGAACGCGAAUUCCUUUGACACUAUGUGCAUUCCUAUUUGGUCGCUGUCUGGAAGUAUUGCCGAUGUCCAGAAUGUCUUUCCGGCGUUACUUGCUCCUUGCAUGUAGAGGGUGUUUUUUGGGGGGGAUUUUGCAUCCCAACACUAGGAAUAAUGCGCCUAGUAAUGCUUGUGCAUCAAUGUUUUGUUCGUGACACCAUUUUUCAAGUAAUGUAUGAGUCUCGUACGGUGUCAGGAAUUCCGGGCCUUCUUCUGGAUCUUUUUCGAGAAAUUUUUCGAGAUAUGUUCUCGUGUCCAUUUUUCGUCGGAGUUUUACUUCUUCUGUUGCUAUGCGUAUCAUCGAUGCGCUUUGUGGGUGUCGUAGAAUUUGAAACAUGGUGUUUGCUUCUGUCUUGUCAUCUUGAGAUAUUAUCUUAUCGAACAGUUUAUGUUUGUCUAUAGUUUGGAAUCGUACCAUGAACUCUACCAGUGUUUCUGUCAUGUCUUGAAUGAUUGAAUUCCGUUCUUCGAAUACUUUCGAUUUGGGCGAUCUGAGUUUUUUCUUGUUGUCAUAUGGGGUUUCUAGUCCCGGUAUUUUGAUUUUUGGACUGUCGGUUUUUGGUUUCAGUUUUAGGUUUUUUAUUGACUCCAUGGUCGUUAGGAGGGUUUCAUUAUUUGUCCCCAUGAAUUCUUUCGGUUCUUUGAGCAUGUAUGCUAGGAAGUUUGAUGGUUGUUUUAGGGUCUGGGUGCGUACCAUACCUCCCAUGAAUUGAAUUUGGGUUUUGGCAUUCUUGAACAUCGUGUUCUUUCCUAUCUGCCCCUCAUUCGUUACCGGGAAGACGGCGAUAUGUAUGUGUUGUCCAUUAAAUUCGCAGUCUUUGUCUUGAUCGCCGUCAUGCCACGAUAGGACACAUGGGUGUUUGUUGAUGUAUUUUUUCAGUGCGUCGAUGGCCUUUGUUUCGUCAUCUGACAGGUUUUGAUAUAUUGGUCUGGGAGUCAUAUAUUUAUAUACGGGUUUUUGGAACAGUUUGUCAUAAUCACUAUCGUAAUCCACGUAUUCUGUGAUAACUCCACCUUCUCUUCCUUUGAGAUAUGUACCGUUGACGGUUUUGGCAAUACCUGCCCUCAGUGUGUCUUUGUUGAUGUAGUGACUCGCGUCGGUGAUGACUACUGAAUAUCCUAUUCUGGAUUUGAUUUUAAACUUUAGCCGGUAGUUGGCUUCUGUCGCAGCCCUCUCUUGCUGCGCAGUCAUCUGAAAUUUAUUUAUGUAUUAUGUUACCGCGUAUUAAUAGAGUAGCUCCAGGGGUUGGGAUGGGGUUUGGUGUGGAUAUCGUCUUGUCCAGUUCGUUUAUUUCUAUGUUCGCUUCUUCCGUCUCCAGUUGUCCAAUUUUUGUUUCGUGUUGUGUUAUUUUUUCUUCCAUUUGCGUGAUAACCCCUUGAGUCAGUGUGUUCUUGGAUUGUAUGUCGGUAAUGGUCUGGUUGAGAGAGACGACGGUUGUUUUCAAUUGAUUAAUCAACGUCGUCAACUGAGUCUGUUUUCUGUUCAUCGAGUCCACUUGUCUCGUCGCGUCAAGUACAUUUUGGUUCAUGGUGGGAAGUGCGUUUUUCAGGUAAGUAAUGUCAGAGUCUUGAUUUCCGUCAUUUUGUCUCAUUUUAAUCAACCCCUUUUUCAUAUUGUCGAUCGUCUUUUUCGUACUGUCUUGUAUGUCUUUAAUGUUAUCGGUGAUCUUUUUAACUGUAUCUAAUCCUGUUUGAACGGUUGUCACUACUGCCUGAACAGAUUGAACAGUUUCUUUGACGGCAGUCAUACCUUCUACGGCUACGUCAGCCACCCCCUUAGCCAUCUGAUACGUUUCUUUAUAGAACUCAGAUUCCUUAUCAGCCAUAUAACCUGCGAUAGCGACUCCUAACCUAGCGGAACUGAAGAGGGUGUUCUGCAAUGUAUUGACCCAAUUGCUCGUGUCUAAGUCGUCUAUGUCGUCGUGAAUCCCUUGAACGUCUACUUGUAUUUUUUGUUGUUCGUGUGUUCUUGUAUUUAUUUCUUUGGCUAGUGUUGUUUGUAUUGUCAUAAUUGUUGUAUUUAUUUUUUGUAUAUUGCUCGCCACUGUGGUAUUGAGGUAUUCGUUCGUCACAACGUAUGCUGCAAUUGUUACAAAAUCCUGGGCAUGAUCUAGAUCUGUCCAAUAUACUAUGAUUUCGUUGUGACCCAAGCGGAGGAGUGAGUUGUCUUCUAUGAUAGCUAGUGAUGCGCUCAUGUGAUAUUGGUGUUUCGGUGGGUAUAGUACGUAUCUGAUUACGUGUAUGUUGUUGAUCGAAAAUUUGUCUAUCGUCGACUUUAGAGUUAAAUCGUAUGUCAAACGUUUUCUUCCUGUAGUAGGGUAUGUCUUGUGUGUGUCUGUUAGGUGAAAUUCUGGGUAGGCAACUGCUAAUACCUCCGUCGACUGUAGAGGAUUCGCUAUUGCCUCUAAAUCUGUAUAAUCUAUCAAGUCGUCUUUUUGGCAUGAUUUUAUGUUGUCCCAAAUGUGGUUAUAUAUAACUGCGUCGUCUAUGAAUCCCCUUAUUUCUACGUUUAAUUCUCUUAUGUCUUUCCACUGUUGUAAUUUUAUCAUUUGUCGGUGGAGAUGUAUGAGAUUGAACUCAAGUCUGGUAAGUUGUCUAGGGGGUCGAGGUCUUUGUCUUGUGUUUUGGCUGUUGAGAGUACUGGUUUUUUGUCUUGAAACGAGUCAAUUUUUGCAAAAAUCCUAAUGGAGGAACCAGUUAAAUAAGACUGCUGACAAAAAAAUAAGAUCGCAGAUGUUUGAUAUUUAGUUCGAAAAUUGAUGUUUUAUGCAUUUUUCUAAAACCGUUAGUUUUGAACGGCAAUAUGAAAAUCUAGAUAUUUGAGCAAAAAUUUGCUCUUUCCAAGACAAAGUUGUAAAAAUGGUAAAUCUGUGAGAGUGCAGCUUUAAGAUUUAAGACAUGAUCUUUUUAUUAGAUUUGACAGGUGAAAAAUUUAUUUAUUGAAAGUGUAUUUAAAGUAUUAAAAUUAUGAAAAACA